AUGGUGAACCAAAAGAAGCCUGUGCGCAACCCUCGCGGCGGUGGCAUCGCAAAGAGAAAGGGCAGAACCGAUCGCGAUGGUGACCUUGUCAUGGAUCCCACUGCACGCGCUCGUCCAGGUGGCGGUAUCAACAAGGGCGGCAAGACAAGCGCACCCAAGACGCGCGGCGCAAAGCCUGGUGCUCGUGGUCCCGGAUUCGAAAAGAAGCUCGCCAGCCACGUCGGAGGUGAUUCAGCUGCAGUCCGCACACGACCAAGCAGGGGACUAGAAGAACUCCGAGUCACAGGCCAGAAGAACAGCAAGGCAGCCUCCAACACAGACGGCGGCCUGAGUUCGCUCAUUGCCUGGAUCGAGAAGAGGGCCUCGUUGAAAGCCAAGAGAGCAGUCAAAGUCAAGAAGGUACACUCAUCGACAUUCGCGCAUCCCACCCUCUUUCAGUCGCCAGGUUCGGUCCGCUUUCGUUUGCAGCCAAUUCCAGAACGACGACCAGGAACCCCGACACUAUUGCUCUAUCCCCGAUGCUCUUCCAGACCUUUCUAUAAUGUUGUACUAACGUCAUGUAUANNGUCCCGAACUGAAGGAGAUGACUUGCUGAUAUCCGUUCCUGGCGAAGACGCUGCCCAUGUGCUGCGGGUCGACGGCUACGUCUUUGCUGGCGCAAACAUGAAGAUCGAGCGAGCCUCUGCCCAGGACCUCGACACUGGUGUCUCCAAGGAGACGACCAUCGCUAUGCUCAAGGGCGUCCUCGUCAGAAGAUACAAUGUCGAAGCAAAGUUGCUCGAUCUCAGCGCCCUCGGCGCAGAUCCCGACCUCAAAGCCGCUCAAAUCUUUGACAGCAGCUCAACCACAGGCAAAUUCUUCCCUGCCCUCAUGAAGGUCCUAGACCAACAGUUCAAAUCAGCUGCUGAGAAGAACGACGCUAUCAUCAGCGUCACUCUCGCCAACAACGAACUCUCAAGCAUCAGUCCCGUCACAACUCUCGCUCAAACCCUAUCACAGCUCAAGAACCUGGAUCUGUCAAACAACGCCUUCAAGGACCUGACUGGUCUCGAAGCAUGGAGGCGCAAGUUCCCCAAGCUUGACCACCUCAUCGUGUCUGGCAACCCUCUGGAACAGGCCGAGCCCGACUAUGCCGCAAAGCUCAUGGCCUGGUAUCCUAAACUUCGUCUCCUCAACACUAUUCAAGUUCGCUCUGAUCAGGACGCCGAGAGCGGUCGUCAAGUUGCCGACAUCCCCUAUCCCAUCAAGGGUCCCAACUUCCAGGACGAGGGCCAGAUUGCCGAAAACUUCUUGCGUACCUUCUUCGCAGGCUACGACACAGAUCGCGCAACCCUGGCACAGCAGUACUACGACGAGCAGUCCGACUUUUCAUUCGCCGUCAACACUGCCGCUCCUCGAGACCCCACAAAAGCCCACGAUACCGCCCCCCAGGAAUGGGAUGCCUACAUCAAGGGCAGUCGCAACCUGAAGAAGAUCACCCACCUUCCCGCCAGACAGAGCCGCCUCUGCCGUGGCGCUCAAGCCAUCCACCAGAGCUGGUCUGCUCUUCCUGCUACCCGCCAUCCCGAUCUUGCUACCCAACCUCAGAAGUGGCUCAUCGAAUGUCAAUCACAACCCGGCGUCCCUGAUCCUACUGGCGCAUCACCUGUCGGUGUCGACGGCUUCCUCAUCACCGUUCACGGCGAGUUUGACGAGAUCGAUGCUAGCGGUCAAGUCAAGAAAGCCCGCUCCUUCGAUCGCACCUUCAUUCUUGGUCCCGGCGGCCCUACCGGUGUCCGCGUUGUUAACGACAUGCUGACUAUCCGCGCUUACGGAGGUUUCGCCGCCUUCGAGCCCGACCACAACGAACCACAAGUCCCAGUCGAGGCCGGCGUGCCCGUGCUCCCACCUGGACUCACACCCGAGAUCGCCGAACAAAUGGUCCUCGAGCUCCAGAAGCAGACCUCCAUGACUAUUCAGUACGCCAAGGACUGUCUUGAGCAGGUGCAGUGGGAUUUUGACCGCGCUUUGCAGGCUUUUACUGCCGUUAGAGCCAAUCUGCCUGCCGAUGCAUUUGUUCAGGCUGCUUAG